AUGACCACAAAAGCUGACCACUCAGACUCUGAAGAUGACGGUGAUUACGUUCCUCCUAUAGAUGAAGGCUCAGAUUCUGACCAUUCAAGUGAUGCUGGUGGUGAGGAUGAAACUAACCACAUAUCGUUACCUAGAGAAGAUCCUGAGUCCAAGAAGAAGGAACGAGAUGCAUUGUGGUCAAACUUUCAAGCCUCUGUGGCAGAAUCUUCGAAUCCUCGAAACCCAGUGUCAGUGUCGACGAGGGUAGUGAAAGUUGAAAGAAAGUUUUUAUUUGCGGGAAAGGAAGUUAUUGAUGUUGUUGAAGUACCCGAAGACACGCCUGAGGCCAAGAAAUGGCCGUUGUGGAAGGAGACUAUCGAAGAUUCGGCGAGCACUCCCGUUCAGAAUAGCAAAGAAUCUUCGUCGUCAUUUCCCAUAGCAUCUACGACGGAAUCCAUUCUAAAGGAUGAUAUGACGCCGGUUGGCACCCGUGCAUCGAAUGCCAAUACCGGGACUCUUUCUUCCAGCGUUUCAAUAUCAGACAAGCCUGCACCUAGGAAACCUGGACCUAGAAAGUCGAAAAUUACCCUGGCUCCUCUUCCGGGUCCUGCCAAAGCGAAGAAGAUGACGACGUUAGAGAAGUCUGCGAUGGAUUGGAAAAGGCACAUCCAGUCUCCAGAUGAAUCGGGCUCCUCAAUACAGGACGAGCUAGAGGCAAAUCGAAGGGCAGGUGGAUAUUUAGAGAAAGUGGACUUUCUCAAACGGGUGGAUGAACGCAAAGAAGAGACACUGGAGUCUUUGAAAAGUAACAAGCGACGCAGGCUUUAG